CCGUGCUGUCCGGGGAAGGCGGCAGGUGAGGCGGCGGCAGGGAAAGGCCACCGUCAUCUGUUUCAGCAGUGGAGUGUCUUGACCCUCGCGAAGAAUCCCUGUUCCAGGGGAUUCUGGUGUGCAGCACCAGACCGUUGACACGAGACCUGCACUCGUCCAUCUGGAGAUGCUUCCUAGUGACCAGUCAGGAGGCGUCGGGUACACGGACCCUGUUCAGUGAGGCAGAAGAUACUAAGAACGUCCAGCAGCUCUCAGAGCCAUGGAUAUCUUCCAGCGGCAUGAGGCAGAGUUUGAGAAUCCUGGCAAUAGUGAAACUCAAAGCACAGAAGAGAGCACGUUAACCUCUGCCUGUCCCGAUGGCAGGAGGGAAAAGAACCAUGUCCGUUGCCUCCUCAGCAUCAGUGCCCUUACACUCGAAGAAGAUAAGAAGGCCAAAGAGUUUGCGAUCGGCACGGGAUGGGAAGAAGCAGUCCGGGGCUGGGGCAGGAUUGCUCCAAACGCCUGCAUCUGGCCCAGGAAGAAGCUUAAGAAGGUGAAGGUGGGAGAAAGUUCCAGCAGCUGCUUAAUCUGCCUCAGCCUCUCCCCCGGGGGUGUCGAGGCCAAAGCGCAGUUGUCAGGGAAGCAGGAGUUGGGGGCUCGCGCUGAAACUGGCCCCGAGAAGGCGCACGGCAGCCCCUCCCAGUCUCCGGGACGCCCACCAACCCCCGGCGCUGCCUCCAGGGAGGUCAGCAAGAUGUGCUUACCCACCUGUAGUCAGGGAGAGAAAAAGUCUCUGCAAAUAAAAGAGUUUAUUUGGUGCCUCGAGGACUGGGCCGCCCCAGAGGCUGCCCGGGCCAAGGACUCCAAGUGUCCCCGCGGCGCCGACAGAGCUGCGGCCGUGGCCGAGCCCUUGGCGUCCAAGGCGCUCGUGGUGCUGCCCCCUCUGAAGGCGGCGUCCCCCAAAGGCCUGGGUGUCCUGGGCAGAAAGAGUGCGGGCCUCUGCUGCCAGCCGGAGGAGAAGGUGCCGGCUGCGGGCAAGGAGGAGUGCGUGACGUGCACGUUUGGGUUGAAAACGGGGGGCAGGAAAGGCGAGAAGCACCCCCUUGAGCUGGCCAUGCACCUAAAGGUCAAAGACCUGCUGCCCUUCCCGCCCCCCGGCCCCCGGCCGCCCCUGCUGGCCUGCUCGGAGCCGUGCUGCCUGCACUGGUCCUUCCUGCCAGAGAAAGCCCCCGCGUGCCCUCCCCAGCCCAAGAACCUCCGCUACCUCGCCACCUUGCGGCUUCUGAAGAACCAGGGCAUGCAGAGCCACAGAGCCAAGUUGAAAGCCAAGGAGUGCAGACAGCUGUCAGCGGCCCCGAAGCGGGCGCACCCCGAGGGCCAGCUGGAGGACAGGGCCCAGAGCCUGGAGGCCGGACUCUUCCCAAGGCCUCUCUUGCCGUCUCUCACCGUGAGCAGAGUCGUUAUUCCCGUCUCCACUCACAGGUUCCUCUGAGCUGCGACCGUCCAACGCCCGGGGAACCGGCACCACUGGAAAUUCCUUCGUCCGCCCGCUCGGGCCCCGCAUCGCCUCCCCUCUGCCCCUUCCCCUCCCGCCCUUGCCCUGUUUUUUGUAGAAGAAUCAGAGCAACUUAAACUUCACCGUUUGGAUCUUGCCUUGGUCUAGAACCCUUCGUGUGGUCCUGUGUUGCCGGUUGCUGCCGCGUAACCAACGAGCCACACGCAGACGGCUUCUGCGACUCGCCUCUCCGGCCCGCCGGGAGUCCCGGGGCAUCUCCGAGUCAGCCCUGGGCUGUUCUGCCUCCCCCGGUGCCUUCGGCGGAGCACCCUGGGCUUGUCCAGCUGAUGUCUUGAUGAGUCCUGUGAAGUAUGUUGGUUCAUUUUUCCUUCCACAAAUACCCGAAACAGUGUUUUCACGCUAGCCUCUGUGCAAAUAGAUCUUUCUGCAUCCGCGGUGGAAUAUCUUCGUCUCCACAGAUACCUCCAUUCCGCCCCGUGUUGAAGGCUGCCUGUAGCCUGCCCUUCCGUCAGUGCAGUCUGCAGGAGACCAGCGCCUCCCUUCUGUAAACGGAUGUCUUCUCUCUCUUGCAUCCUCAGUGUCCACAGUGACACUUCUGCCGUGUGUCUCUGCAGCGAGCGGACGGCGCCCGGUGUUGCCUGUCCCAGGCUCUGCGUGCUUAUGUUAUGUGCACGGUUACACUGUGCCCGAGCUUGCAUAUGCUGAAGUGGAGCCUCGUGAGGUGCUCCGGGUCGGGACAUUGCUGCUCCAACUCUGCAUAGCCUGUCAGGAAACAAGUUAAGAAUAAUCACUCCGGGGGGCCAGAGUGAUAGCAUAGCGGGUAGUGUGUUUGCCUUGCACGUGGCCGACCUGGGUUCAAUCCCUGGCAUCCCAUAUGGUCCCCCGAGCACCGCCAGGAGUAAUUCCUGAGUGCAGAGCCAGGCGGAAACCCUGAGCAACGCUGGGAGUGACCAAAAAAGAAAAAAAAAACCCAACUAAAACUGAAAAAGAGUAAUUAAUUACUGGGCUGGAAAGAUAGCCCAGCAGGCAGGGCUCCUGCCUGGCACGCGGCUGACCCCGUGUUCCAUCCCUGGCCGCCCAUAUGGCCCCUUGAGCGUUUCAGGAGUGACCCCGAGUGCAGAGCCAGGAGGAAGCCCUGAGCGCAGCUGGGUGUGGCCCCCAGACCAGCCCCCCCAAAGAAUGAUGAAUUACCUAACGAAGUGCCUGUGGCUGCGUGGCCUCGUGCCGCUUGCUCCAGCCUGACCUUGGCCCAGCUGCCCAGACGGACGCAGGGAAUCAGGUCCCUCCGCCCUUCCGGCCCCUGGGCCCACCAGCCAAAGUUAUACAUCAACUAACAUUUGUAAAUGAAGCAUUUUGGAGGGUGUGUGUGGUUUGGUCUACACCCUGCAUGCUUGGGGGUUACUCCUGUGACUCUGCUCUCGGGAAUUACUUCUGGCGCCAGGGGACCACAUGGGAGCCGGGGACCCAACGUCAAGGCCAAACCGUACCCACUGUACUACUGCUCCGACCCCAGUAAUGUUUUAAAUCCAAGUGACAAUGCAGUGGAAGUGCUGAGAAGCCUCUUUGUAAUAGCAAUUUAGCUAGUCUUACCCCUCCCCGCCUGCCUUUUGCAUUUUUGGACCAUACCCCACAGUGCUCAGGGUUGAUUCCUGGCUCUUUACUCGGGGAUCACUCUGGCCAGGUCAGGGGACCAUAAUUGGGUACUGGGGGUUGAACCUGACCCAGCUCAGCUGCGUGCAAGGUGAUCUCCCAUCCCUCUGUACUAUAGCCCACCCCGUAGCUACUCUUUAGCUCCGUAGUUUGCCUUACUUGUAGUAGGUUGUACUUGAACUUUGGUUCUUAAAUAAAGGGUAGACAGAAUGACUAUGUAAACAUCUGUUUUCCAUCGGUUUGUUUAAUGUAAGUUUAGGGGUUUGUUUUUACAAAACAUCCGACAUGUAAGAAUGUAGUACAACAGUCAUUCAAAGGUGUAUUUGCCUCCCGAGGUUGGGUGCUCUUUUUUUUUUUUGGCAUCACCUUCAGUGAUGCUCAGGGGUUAUUCCCGGCUCUGCGUUCAGGAGUUACUCCUGGCGGUGCUCAGGGGACCAGAUGGGAUGCUGGGGAUCAAACCUGGGUUGGCUACUGGCAACUCCAACGCCCUCCCCGCCGCACUAUCGCUCCAGCCCUGGCUGGGUACUUCUUUAUUGUCUAGAAACAAAUUCUAAGUUUGUCCUAAAAACCUUUGCUGAAUGAAGAAACCACCUGAUUGCCCGUGUCUAGAGGGGGGUGCGUGGGGGACCCUCUAACUUUGAGGAACUGCGGCUGGGCCUGCUAAGUCUGGGCUUAGCUGGGGCCGAGAGUGGACUCGAGGGCUGGAGCUCUGCGUGGAGACCGGGACAG